UAUAAUGGAUGUACGUCUGUAUGUAAAUUCCAACAUAGAACAUGUACCGACGAAGUACAUGUGGCAUUUGAUGUACAUUUUCAACCAUCUGUAUGUGGGUGGUCUCUGCUCAUAUUUGUGGCUGAGUUCGUGUGUGUGGAUGUGUGUGUGAGAUUGUGUUAGCCACUUCUUUUUUGCAGCAUUGUUUCAUAUAACUGCAACUUUUGUGCAUAAUUAAAUAAUGAAAACAAUCAGUUGUUUGCCGUUCAUAGUAUUGCCAGGAUCUCUCAAGCGGAAAUCACAGUGACCGACGGUCUGGCCGGCACACCAAAAUAAAAGAGCAUAAAAACGAAAAAAAAACUAGGAAACCAAAUGUUUUAACUUUUGCAAAGCUACUUUGUUGGUGUGUUCACUUUCCUCUUUCGUUCAUUCGGUCAUUCAUUCGUCCAUUCAACUUCCAACAAUUUGCGGUCGUUUAAAAUGUGAUUCCGCGGAUUUUAUGGCCAAGUGCGUGCAUUCGAAUGCGGGUGUUCCGUUAACGUUUGUUUGCCAUUUCCGGCAAACGGGGGGCCAACAGUCAGUCAGACAUUUUAAAAUAAAAAAACAAUGCGUGAUUUUUAUUAUUAAUUUCAUCAAGCAGGAAGCGAAUACCAACAGCCAUCGAGUGCGAGAACAAAACACAAUUCUAAACGAGAUGCAAUAAAAAUCCAUUUCACCAUAAUUGCUUCGAGAGCCCAUAGCCGACGCCGCCAUAGCCCAUCAUCAUUGUUGUGCAGAACAAUUAUUGGCUGACUUUUUAAUUGGAAUUUCAGAAAAACGAACAAAAAUUUCGAACAAUUCAAGCAGCAGCGAAUUCCCGAAACCGUUCUAUGAAAAUGUCUUCCCUUGCCAGCCAUAAAAUGAUGGACGAGGAUGUCCAUGAGAAGGAGAAAUCAUCCACAUGCAGCACAUUAUUGAUAUUUUUGUCAGUAGCCUUAAUAAUUCUAACACUGCCGUUUAGUUUGUUCGUUUGUUUUAAGGUUGUUCAGGAAUAUGAACGGGCGGUUAUAUUUCGUUUGGGACGUUUAAUGUCCGGUGGUGCCAAAGGACCAGGUAUAUUUUUCAUUUUGCCUUGCAUCGAUUCCUAUGCUCGAGUGGAUUUGCGUACGCGAACGUACGAUGUGCCACCGCAAGAGGUCCUGACGAAAGACAGUGUAACGGUUUCGGUAGAUGCCGUUGUCUAUUAUCGCGUUUCGAAUGCCACCGUCUCCAUUGCGAACGUGGAGAAUGCUCAUCACUCGACGCGUCUGCUGGCACAGACAACGCUGCGCAACACAAUGGGAACACGGCAUUUGCAUGAGAUUCUAAGCGAGCGUAUGACAAUUUCCGGUACAAUGCAGCAAGCCUUGGAUGAAGCCACUGAUGCCUGGGGUAUAAAGGUUGAGCGUGUUGAAAUAAAAGACGUACGACUUCCGGUGCAAUUACAAAGAGCCAUGGCCGCUGAGGCGGAAGCAGCACGCGAAGCCAGAGCCAAAGUCAUUGCAGCCGAGGGUGAGCAAAAGGCAUCGCGUGCCUUGCGUGAGGCAUCCGAGGUUAUAGGGGCUUCACCGGCAGCCCUUCAAUUGCGAUAUCUACAGACAUUGUCACAAAUUUCAGCCGAGAAAAAUUCCACAAUUGUUUUCCCCAUGCCAAUAGAUUUGGUGACGUAUUUCCUCAAAUCAAAGGAUGCUGCCACCCAACAACUGGCCCAGGCAGCUGUGGCAGCCAUGGAUGAAAAGUCAACAGCAAUGCCGCAAACAACGUCAGCAAAAACACCACCACCAACAAACACAUCAACAACAACAUCGACAGCACCACCACCAACAACAACAGCAACAACGAAUACAAACAACAAUGGGAACAAGGACAUCAAGUCAUUAGAAAAAUCUGCCUAAAACCAAAACCAAUGUCAAUGAUUAAUCUGCCAACAGCGAAAGCAGCAGUGGCCGGCCGCUUUCGACUGCCCCUCCGCCUGGCAUCCAUCGAUCAUCAUCAUGUUAAUGGCCUGCUGAUUGUUUUUGUAGAAAGUUUUCGCUUUUUGGUCAGCAGCUGUCAAAACAUUUAUGUGUAAGCGUGUGCGUGUGUCCUGGGGCUUGUUUACAACGAAAUGCUUUCGUGUUAAUUGACUUACUUAAAUAUCAUUUGAAAACAACAACAAAUACCCUAUUACAGCUAACCUCUAAUCUUGUUGAAUCUUAGUGGAAUAAUAUUCACACAUCCGACCAAUAUUUUUGUUGUACGACAUAUGCUUCAUCAUGAUGAUGAAUUACAACUCUCUAAAACAUGUUGUACGACAUAUUGAAUUGUUAAUUGAUAUACAUACACAGACACACACACUCUCUCUCUAUAUAUAUAUACUUACAUAUUUACUGUGGUAUACCACAUCUAUCUCCUCGACAUCAUUAAUUUGUAGUUUUAAUCGUUUAUCCUAACUCAAGUUGUUCGCUAUGAAACUACUCUACUUAUAAUUGAAGCUAUUUACAUGGACUUAUAUAUUGGGGUGUAUCGAUGGCUGAAUUUUUAAUUUGAACAAUAUUUGAAUAUUGAUUUUUCUAAAAUAUAGAGAACAUAAGAAAUCAUAAGUCAUUCUUCUGCUGAAGAGUUGUUAAAGGCGUUCUAUCUAGCCAAGGAUUUUCGGUAUUCGGAAGACCUGUAAAGUUUUCCGACUACACAAAAUCUGUUUGUAGAAGACUUCUAUUACAAGCCUUAUAACCUUCUAUAGUUAGAAGAUCUCCCGAUUGACUUCCUUUAGAGGUCUUCUCUCUAUAAAAGAUGUGGUGUCUAAAAAAGAUCUCAGAAAUAUAGAAGAACUUUUUUUAGCCAUCUAUCUAUAGAAAAUCUGUGGAAGGUUUUCUACUUAAAGACAAACUGUAGCGGGAUUUUGUAGAACAUUUUGAGCAAUAAGCUACACAAACUGUAGCCUAUAGACUACAUAAGCCGAUUUCAUGAUGAUCCUUGAUCAGACACAAAAUUCAUCACGCCAUGACUUGGAAGUUUGAUAUGAGGCAAAAUUGUGUUUCGUAGCAUGAAAUAUACACACCAAGUCCUCUCACCCCUAAAAAGAUUUUUUCACUCCCCCAAAUGUGUAAUUAAGUUGAAAUUUAGAUCAUAUACAUUCGAAGCUUUCAUGGG